AAAAUAGUGAAAACUAUGUUUCACAUAAAAAGGUCCAAACAGCCGUAGUGGGCAUUAGGAGAAACCUGUGUGUCCUGAGACUUGUGUGUUGGUGUUUCCUCCUCUUUCUGAGGAUUUAGUGUAGCAACAGAUGUCCAAAGUCAGUCCUUAUCCCUUUAUCCCUGUGGAUGGUUGAGAGCUAUAGAGAGACAACAGACGAGGCUUUAGAAAAUGCUAAGAAGCUGCGUGAGUUCAUGUUUACUGAGAGGAUGGAAUACUGGUGGAAAUUGUUGAAUGUUCUCACUUUCUGGGAACUGACUCAGGUGCCAUUGUGCUAUUGCCUGGUGCGACACAAGCUACCAGUUUUAUGGAUUAUGCCAGUCAGCGGAGAUCCAGCGAGGGGCAACAUUACAGCAGAGGUUCUUCCUGCUGUUGAACUAGCAUUGAGUCAUUUGAGCGAGCAGCCGUCUCCUCUUGGCAACUAUGAGCUUCAGUUUCACCUCACAGACUCGGAGUGUGAUAACGGCAAAGCACUCAAAGCAUUUUUUGACACCAUAUUCAAUGGCCCCAAACCUAUCAUGAUCUUUGGAGGGGUGUGUUUGUCAGUGACGUCCAUCCUAGCCCAAUCACUGGAGGGUUUCAACCUUGUGCAGCUGUCAUUUGCGGUAACGGCACCUUCACUGGGCAACAAAAGAAGAUUUCCAAACUUCUUCCAGACUGUGCCAUCAGACAGCGCAGUUAAUGUGGCACUGGUGAGGUUUCUCAGGCAGUAUGGAUGGAGUAGAGUUGGUACAUUGACCCAGCGUGAGCAGAAGUUCACAGAGGUACAGAGAGACUUAAGCAGGCAUCUGGAGGUGGCUAACAUCAAGCUAGCUGAGGCGGAGAGCUUCUCUGAAGUCCCCUGCGAUUGUGUGAAAAAACUAAAGGACAAUGAUGUGAGAAUAGUGAUUGCUCAUUUUGAUGUGAGCUUAGCUGCUAAAGUCUUCUGCUGUGUUUAUAAUCUCAGCAUGUAUGGCCAAAAGUACCAGUGGAUUCUGCCAGACUGGACCCAAGGCAGCUGGUGGACUAACACUGACUCCACCAACUGCACAGCUAAAAACAUACUGACUGCCAUAGAGGGAUCCAUCAGUGCAGAUAUCGAGACUCUUAGCUCCAGACACAUCAGAGGGAUCUCUGGUAGGACACCUCAGGAGUACGAGAAGGAGUAUGAUGAAAGAAGACGGCUGAAGGGUCUGGGUGCAAGCAAGUUUCAUGGUUUUGCUUAUGAUGGUACAUGGGUAAUUGCCAAAGUUUUAACAAGAGUCAUGGAGACUGUGAGGUACAGAGAGAAUUACAGCAUCCAUCGCAACUUUACUGUCACUGACCAAGAAGUGGAACAAAUGAUUCUGGAGGCCAUGGACAAGAUCAACUUCUUUGGUGUGACAGGUCACAUUAUGUUCCAAAAAGGUGAGAGACUGGCCAGUGUGAAGUUUGCACAAUAUCAAGAUGGAAAAGCUGUCGAUAUUGAACAAUAUAGUGCCGUUACAGAUGAACUAGAGUUCAUCAGUCCAAUCCGAUUUCAAAGGGAUAAACCCACAAAGGACCGAACCCAUGUAUACCCUCAGAGAAAACGCAUCAGUAUAUUACUUUAUGGUGUUGUGGCGUUUCUAACUUUCUUAGGAAUUUUUACAGCUUGCAGUCUCCUAGUCUUCAGUGUGAAACACCACAAUCAUUGGGCCAUCAGCAUGUCAAGACCUUUUCUGAACACUUUAAUUAUUCUUGGCGCUGUGUUGUCUUAUUCCUCCAUAUUCUUCAUAGGAUUGGAUGGGUCUUAUGUUUCUGAUAGAGUAUUUGAAGUUUCUUGCUCUGUACAAAUAUCAUGUCUAUCUACUGGAUGUACAGCAUCGUUUGGGGCCAUGUUUGUAAAAACUUGGAAAAUUCAUUCAUUCUUCAAAAAACACAGCAUGGAAAAAAAGCUACCCCAGACCACAAAGGACUAUGGGCUAGGACUCCUGGUUUUGUUGCUUUUGUUGAUUGACCUGAGCUUAUUAAUUUGUCUGCAAAUUUUGGAUCCCUUGAGGAGAACAGUAAAGGAAUAUCGUAUAGAGGCUGACCCUCACGGGCAAGAUUUUUUCAUUCAGCCCUUUUCAGAGCGAUGUGAAAACACAUACAUGGGUUUCUGGAUGGCUGCAUUCUAUGUUUAUGAGGGGAUACUCCUGCUGAGUACCUGUUUCCUGGCCUGGACCACACGACACAUGAACAUCCCUGCCAUAAAUGACAGCAGGGGUAUCCGAUUCAGUGUCUUUGUGUCAGUCCCAGUGAUUCUGAUUGGUACAUAUGCAUCAAUGCUAUGGCAGGAUCAGCCAAAUGUGCAGUUCUGCAUUGUAUCCCUUGUGAUCAUCACAUGCUGCUGCAGCACUCUGUGUAUGGUGUUUCUUCCAAAGAUUAUCAUCAUAAGGAUGGGUCCUGAUCCUGCAUUCUUGUCAAGGCGGUUCCACCUCACACAGUGGCAUAGCGAAUUACAAAAGGAGAGUGGACAAGACAAUGAUGCGAGGAACAUUUUGGAGCAGGACGACACAGGAGCAUCUGACUUUGUGACUGACGUGACGCAGAACAUCUCGCUAAGCCUGGACAUUGUACUGUCAGAAAACCUACACCUCAGACGGCACAUUAAUGAACUGGAUGCUGAGCUGGAGGAUUUGACCAGGCAACUAAAUGAACUGAGUCCUUGCGUUAUGGAGAAUGUCAUCAUCAGAGGUUUUGUGCACAAAGCAGUAAAGGAGAAAUGUCUGACUCUCCCCGAAAGCUCCAAAUCCAACAGGAAUCUGCUGGAAGACAUCAACUCCCCUGAACACAUUCAGCGCAGGCUCUCUCUGCAGUUACCCAUUCUGCACCUUGCCUACCUGCCCUCAAUUGGAGGAGUGGACUCCAGUCCUCUAAAUAGCCCUUCUGACAGCCCUCAGCAUACACUGAUGCCUAGGACAUAUGGCGUGUUGGUGACAGGACUGUGAUUUACCCACAUACACUUGCAAGAACAGUAUGGUUCAUACUUUGUACACAGACAUGGAGACAAAAAUGCAUUUUUAAAAUGCAUUGAUAAAUGUAAGCAUAUUUCACAAUUACUUAUAUAUAUAUAUAUUGUAUAUAUGUAGUACAUCUGGUAACUUGUGACGUAACUCAAAUUUAAAUGUUAAAUAUUUUAAAAAGUGUAUUAUUUUUAAGUUUACAAAUAAAGCUGCUACUAAAUUACUAUUAUAUUUAAAGAACAGAAUAGUCAUACAUAAAUUGGUUUAGAGAAGAUAUGAUGAU